CCGAAUAUUAUCCAGAUAGCCACGCCCACAUAAAGCAAGCCCGUUAAAAACUCCUCCCAUUGCUGCAGCUCCCAGUACUCCUCUUCUUUGCUCGAGAAAAAGAAACAAAAAGGAAAUACACAUAAAAAUUCACUGGUUGUUUUUCGAUGAGUUGUCGUGGAGCAAUCCUCAGUCUCUCAAGUAACGCAACUGCGACCACCCGGUUUCAUUUUCUUAACAAUAGGUUCUCUACCCGAAUUUUAUACCCAUUAGUACAGGUGAAUUUCAAUGGAAGUGGCACUCAUCAACUUAGUCUUAGCUGGAGUACUAUCAGACGACGCUCUUGUUUUUCUCCAAAUGCUCUCGAGCUUCCUCUUCUUCCUUUUAAUACCAGCGAGGUUCUAGUUCCUUCAGAGAGUAAGACUCUGCAUCUUUACGAAGCUAGAUAUCUAGCCCUGCUGGAGGAGUCAUUAUUGAGAAAGCAGAAGCUUUUUGUGCAUUUUGUCUUGGAUCCCAUUCUUAUUAGCAGCUCAGGAACUGAAGCAUCCUUUGCAGCUAGAUAUGGCUGUUUGGUUAUAAUAGAAAAUGUUGAGCGUUUAGAUGUUGGAGCAUUAGUCUCCAUAAGGGGAAUUGGUCGCGUCAAGAUUGCGAAAUUUUUGCAAUUGCAGUCAGAUCCGUACUUGAUAGGUGAAGUUAUACCGGUGCAGGACUGGGUUCUUGAAAGUGCAAGUAAAUUGACCUCCAAAGUUGCAGCAGUAAAGGAAGCUCUAUGCAAUUUAAAUAGCUUGGAAAUUAAAUUAAAGGCUCCUAAGGAGGCAUUGUUGCAGACUCGUAUUGCAAAUUCUCUAUCAUGGGCUGAAAAGGAACCAUCCUUGGAAUGCGACAAAGCUUUCAUUCCUUCUCUGGCAGAGCGUGUAUCCUUCACAGCGCUCCAACCUAUUUCAGGAUCUACUCAAUCAGAAGUGUUCAAGUUGCAGCAACUGAAGCUAAAAGCAAUGGAUGUGAAAGAUACACUACAAAGGCUAGACGAUUCCUUACAAUUAGUUAAUGAAAAUAUUUGCAUGGUGGCAGCCAAACUUGCUAUCCAAUCACUUGAAAUGUAGCAGGCAUGUAAAUUUCCAGUGAGGUCUUAUGGUGUAGAGAGAGAGAGAGAGAGAGAGAGAGAGAGAGAGAAGGCUCUCUCAGUUGCUGUGAUAACAACCCAAAAAAAAAGAAAAAAAAAAAAGAAACAGGAAAAAACGAAAAAGCUGUAUAACUAUUAAUAUUGUAACUUUCUUUUCUUGAUGAUGUAUAGACCCCAAGAACUGUGAUUAUAUUGAUUCAUCAACUGAAAUUUACAAGUUGUAA